AUGCCAAUUGGUACCCGAAUUAGAGAGGGAGAACUAGCUUAUGAGAAAGACGAUUUAGCCACUGCAUUACUGAAGGCUAAUGCUGCUCUCCAAGAGAACCAUAACUCAUUCAAAGCACUUUUACUUAGAAGCCGCGUUUAUUUGAGGUCCAAAAAAUACGAUUCUGCUUUUGAGGAUGCGAACAAACUGGUUCAAAUUGCCCAAAGUAGCGGCAAACGGGAAGAUCUCGCUACUUCCUAUAAACAAAAAGCAAUUGUAUUGUAUAGACAGAAACGAGUUUCAGAGGCUAUGGAAGAGAUAUCUAAAGCUCACACCCUCAAUAACAAGGAUUCUGAGUGCCUGAUGUUCAAAUCCAUGAUCGAGAAAAAGCUUCAAACUGAUGCUCAGAUUUCUGUGAACGGGCCUGUCUCUGAUAAAGAAAAGUCCUUGCUCCAACAAGCCUCGAAACAAAAACCCAAAGUGGAUUGGUAUGAUUCCAAAGACAUGGUUAACAUCUCAAUCUACGUCAAAAAUAUACCUCCCACAACUUUGAAGAUAGAUUUCCAAAAGACAUCUGUGAGUGUGGAUUUUAAAACAAACGAGAACACCGACUUUAGUUAUGUUUUGGAUCCGCUGUAUGGCUCAAUUAUCCCCUCCAAAUCAUCGUUUAAGGUUUUUGGAACUAAAUUGGAAUUAUAUCUUGCCAAGGAAACCGAGGAGACUUGGAAGGCACUGGAAAAAAUGGAAACUAGUACAAUUUCACAGGAGACUUGUCCUAGUACUCUUGAUUAUCCAAGUUCUUCUGCAAAGAAAAUAAAUUGGUCGAAGUUCAAGGUAGAUGAUGCCGAAGAAGAUUCUAGCCAAGACCCCGACGUCUUCUUCAGGAAACUCUAUGAAGGAGCAGAUGAUGAUACGAAAAGAGCCAUGAUGAAAAGCUACUUGGAGAGCAAUGGUACGAGUCUCAGCACAGACUGGAAGGAGGUUAGUCAGAAAAAGGUUGAUAUUGCUCCUCCUGAUGGAGUGGAUAUCAAGAAUUGGUAA